AUGUUACUUACAUUUGUUCUAAUUGUAAUUUCGUCUUCCUUCGGAUUGGCUCAUCCUACUUGUGAGAGCUAUAAAGCUUUAGAGUUGAAAGCUAAAUGUGGUUCAAAAGGAUAUCUUUUGCAUUACGGAUACCGAAAUUGCAAUAGUUUCUAUAGCCCAGUUCAUUAUAAUCAAUUCGAUCAAGUUGGAAAGAAAUGGAUUGAUUGCACCGGAAAAUGCUUAGCAACGAAAGCUCGUCAGAUCGUAUCGAGAACGAAUGAUUGUAAAGCAAUUAAAACGGCAGCUUUUGAUUCACAUGUUGAUUGCUACCUUCAGUGUGGAAUUUGCAAAGCCUGCAAAACGAACAAGAAUGCUCUUCGUAAAACAUUUGACUUCCGGGAUUUUGCGAAUGCAGAAUCUUUGAAGCAAGUUGUAGCUAUUGCUGCCAAAUGUAACUUGAAGUGUUUUAUUUGA